CAUUUUGUUUAGAGUGCUCAAGAUGUUUUUGGCCAACAAACUUAUUAAAGGGUUCAUAGAUGUUGUCAGCAAUGUCGACCAGUUUGUUCCUUCUGAUCCUCCUCCUCCUAGAAGACCACUCGCAUACGUAAACCAGAAUGAAACCGAUGAAGAAAGGCAGUUUCGCAGGGUGUUUCAACAACUAGCAGGGGAUGUGAGUAAACCUGCCAUGGCCGCAGACCUUUUAUCUGUUCUUUCUGAUGUUGUUCUAAAUUUCCAUUUUAUUGCAGUGUUUGGUGCAGUUUAAACAGUCUGAAUUCAGUCAGGAGCCUAAUUCACUUUUAGGAAGUUUCUGUGUUCAUCAGUCUUUUAUUUUUGGGAGAUUAAAUAUCCUUUUCUAUGAUCUGGGUCUUAAUGUACUCUCCCAUACCUCUCUAAUGGUCCCAUCACCGGCAUACAAAGAUCCAUCGAGGUAUUUGAGUCUGACUACAGUUUUACAAAUCAGACACUUCAACACUUUCAUCACAUGUUGUGUGAUG